AUUUUGAUUGCAGUUUAAUUACAGUUUAAUUUUGAAGCUUUGAAAAUUGAAGUCAUUAUUUCAAAAAUGCUUGAGUAGUUUUUUGUGAUCCAUUUGCAGAACGUGAAUCUGUACGGCGUGUCUUUUUCAAAAAAUCUUAAUCCAAAACCAUGUCCGAAAAAAUAGAAGCUUGUUUGAGCUGUAAUCAUCCCCAGGCCAGCGGAAACCCGUUCUUGGUGUGUUCCGUUUGCAGCCAGGAAUGCUGUUUGAAGUGUUACCGAGAACCGUCGGAGAUGGUCUCGAUUUUUUCCUCGCCGGUUAUCCUGUGUCGUUCCUGCUUCCGAGCCAAACAGGAAGUGGCAGACAGUAACACCAACUGUUGCCCGUUCCAUCCGGGACGAUUCAAGGACCUCUAUUGCGUAACCUGUAGCGUUUUCAUUUGUUGCGAUUGCUUUCUACAGCAGGCGGAUCACAAGCGCCACGCUAUUGAUAGCGCGGAGGUUGUUUACAAGGAUAAACUGAUGGAAACGGUUGAAAACUUUCGGAAAAUUCCGGAGAAGCUACAGGCCAUGUCCUGUAGUGCCAGCCGUCAGCUCGAUGAAAAUCUGAACAUUAUCCAGGAUGUGGAGCGACAGAUAAUGUUGGAAGUUCACGGGCUCUUCCAAAGUGGACUGGCCGAUACCAUGCGCAAGACUGAGGAAAAGAAAAAGACGCUGCUGAAAACGAAGGAACUGGUCCAGCAGAUAGAAAAUCAGUAUCGCCAAACAGUCGAACUUAUUCAGAAGAUGAAGACUGCUGAUAUUUUGAGGACGCAGGAAGCACUGAACAAGCGCUGCGAGCAGCUUCUGAAGGAUUGCGACAGUCUCCAGGUGGCCCCGGUGCGCUGGGAUGACUUGAAAUGUGAUCUCAUACCGGUAUGCAAAUUGCAACGCAUAGUACUGAACAUCCCGCAGGACACACCGCCCGAGGGAAUUACCGUUCCAACGAUCAUCCUUUACGAUGAAUCCGGCAUCCAGUGGAAGACGGUGUUCCACAUUAGUCCUCAAGCGGUGUAUCUGGAGAUGGCCCCUAACAUGUUGCUCAAUGAAUUUCGCUUCAAAGCCGUCGUCGAAAUUUCCCACGCCACCCAUUUGAAGGUGGUUGGAAAAAGUUUCUCGUUUCUCAGCACAUUGGCACGCAAUGAGCUUAUUUCGAUGGAAACUUUGAACAACUGCGGUUUUCUUACGGAUGCAAGAGACCUGAUGCUUCGGGUCGGGAUUAGAGCCGAAAGUAUCGUAGAGGAAAACGAUUUGCUUCGGAUGUUACUGACAUGCCAAAGAAAGGCCACCGAUGCACUGACCGGACUGAAAAAACACAACUUCGUGUUACAGAGUGACAUUUUACGCUUACGUUGCGAAAUUGACCAUCUGCGAGCAGUUUCUCAAGAGCAAAUUUCAACACUGCAGAAAAAUAACACGGAACUUAAGCUAAAGGCGGAAGAAGUUCAGACUUCCGGUAGUAGCAGCAGUGGAGAAGGAGGAACACCAACAAAACAAGAUUUCUACAAGCAGAACUUGCUACUAGAUAUGCGACGACUUCAAGCCAAACUUGAAACUAUGAAAAUCACCAUGAAAUCUAUGAACCCAUUCGCAAUCGGUAGCUUCGAAAUCUACCGGUGGUCCAAGGAGUCCAAGUUCUAUUCACCUCAAUUAACGACCUACAACGGCAUCACGAUAUACGUCAUAGUUCAACCGAAUUUCGGCAACGAAAAAGACUGCGCCGUAAAUGGUUACGUCUGUUGGGCAAAAGGACCGAAAAAAGAGUGUGAGGUGUUCAUGGAGGUGGUAAACGAAUCGGAGCAGGACAGCGCUCGCGAGGAACGGAUGUUCGAUUUUUCCAAGGGCAGCAGCUUCUACUGGAAAAGCAUCAUCUCCCACUACGUGCUGUACCGGAACGGGGGCUUCCUCGGGGAUGAUAAUCUUAAAAUUAAGUUCGGUGUUCGUCCGUUGGUCAAUUGAUUGGUGGACCAAUACCGUGAACAAAAAUUUUUCCUUAAUAGGAAAAUUUCAUAAAAAAGAUACAUAAUUUCGGUUUUAAACUUAGUAUCAUAGUUUUAGCAGAUGAUAUAUCAGACUACUUCACAAGUAGAUAAUAUGUAAGGCUCAUUUUAAAACACUCCACUGACUGUUUUCAACAGUAGAUUCGAGUCGAGUCGAUCAACUUUGCACUGUAUUUUUGUUUUGUUUUGUUUAAGUUUUUCUUUGCGAAAAUGACGACUUUAUGAAAUGUUACCAUUUGUUCUAAUUGUUAAUCCUUUCGAAUUUUAAUACUUCUUUACGCAAAAAGAGUAUUUUUUUAAAGUAAUGAAACUUUUAGAUGUUAGAAGACUCAUGCAGUGUCUCAGAAGAGUUCCGAAAUAAAUCAAUCGAUUUGCUCAAGGUACGGACCAUCGAUCGACACACAAGAAAAUUUGUAUUUUAUGUCGAGGAAAAAAAAUCGAUCAUUGUUCAAUAAUACAAAUAAUAAUACAAACAAACGCUUAUGUUGUUGAAUA